UCCGCUCUGAGGUUCUGGGGACCCCCCCUAGUCCUGCCCCGGCUGUCUGCCGAGGCCCGGGCCCCUCCUCUCCCUCCUCUCGGCGGCCUCAGCCCCCUGCUCGCUCUGGGGGCCUGCUGGUUUGCUCCCCUCGGCGCCAGGAGGAGGGGCGAGGGCCGGCGGCUCCCUCCCCGUGCGCGCGGAGCCCAGCCGGGGACCCGGGGACCCUCCGCCGCCGCCGCCGCCGCCGGUCAUGUGGGCCGGACUGCUCCUCCUCCGGGCCGCCUGCUUCGCGCUCCUGCUGCCCGGAGCCCCGGCCCGAGGCUACACGGGGAGAAAGUCAUCUGGACACUUCCUGCCCGAGAGACGCCGACUAGGCCCCCACGUCUGCCUCUCAGGCUUCGGGAGUGGCUGCUGCCCCGGCUGGGCCCCGUCCAUGGGCAGUGGGCACUGCACCCUGCCUCUCUGCUCCUUUGGCUGUGGGAGUGGCAUCUGCAUUGCUCCCAACGUCUGCUCCUGCCAGGGUGGAGAGCACGGGGCCACCUGCCCAGAAUCCCACGUAUCCUGUGGGGAAUAUGGCUGUGACCUCGCCUGUAACCACGGUGGCUGUCAGGAGGUGGCCCGAGUGUGCCCUGUGGGCUUCUCAAUGACAGAAACAGCUGUUGGCAUCAGGUGUUCAGAUAUUGACGAAUGUCUAAGCUCCUCUUGCGAGGGUCAGUGUGUGAACACAGAAGGUGGCUUUGUGUGCGAGUGUGGGCCGGGCAUGCAGCUGUCUGCCGAUCGCCACAGCUGUCAAGACACUGAUGAAUGCCUAGGGACCCCCUGUCAGCAGAGAUGUAAGAACAGCUUCGGCAGUUACAAGUGCUCCUGUCACAGUGGCUUCUACCUCCAUGGCAACCGGCACUCCUGUGUGGAUGUCAACGAGUGCCGGAGGCCCCAUGAGAGGCGAGUCUGCCACCAUUCCUGCCAUAACACGGUGGGCAGCUUCUUGUGUACCUGCAGACCUGGCUUCAGGCUUCGAGCUGACAGAGUGUCCUGUGAAGCCACCCCGAAGGCGGUGCUGGCCCCAUCUGCCAUUCUGCAGCCCCGGCAGCACUCCCCCAAGAUGUCCCUGCUGCUUCCCGAGGCUGGCCGGCCUGCUCUAUCUCCAGGACAUGGAGCUCCUCCAGGGGUUCCGGGCCCCCCCGUGGGAGUCCAGACAACCCACCGGCCAUCUCCUGCCCCUGUACCACCCACAGCUUCCCCUGCCUGGCUGGUGUUCACCCCAGUGCCCAGUGCCCCCCUGCUGGUGACCCUCGGGCCUCCCCUCCUCUCCUCCGGGGGAGGCAGUGGGGACCCUUCCUCACCCAGGGGUCCUGAGAACCCAAGGCUAGAAACAAGCCCGGCUCCUUGCUGGCACCUGGGGACCAUGUAUGCAGCCGGGAGUCGCUGGCCCCAGCCUGGCUGUUCCCAGUGCUGGUGCGAGGACGGGAAAGUGACCUGGAAGCUGAGGUGUGAAGCUGCUGCCUGUUCCCACCCCGUUCCCCCUAGAGACCCGGAGUGCUGUCCCUCCUGCACAGGCUGCUUUCACAGUGGCGCCAUUCGAGCUGAGGGGGACGUGUUUUCACCUCCCAAUGAGAACUGCACCGUCUGUGUCUGCCUGGCUGGAAAUGUGUCCUGCAUCUCUCCCGAGUGCCCUGCUGGCCCCUGUGACACGCGCCUGCAGUCGGACUGCUGCACCUGUGUCCCUGUGAGAUGCUAUUUCCACGGCCGAUGGUACGCCGACGGGGCUGUGUUCAGUGGGGGUGGUGACGAAUGUACCACGUGUGUCUGCCAGAACGGGGAGGUAGAAUGCUCCUUCACACCGUGCCCAGAGCUGAACUGCCCCCGAGAGGAGUGGUGGCUGGGCCCUGGGCAGUGCUGCUUCAUCUGCCGGGAGCCCACACCUGCCACAGGCUGCUCUCUGGACGACAACGGGGUUGAGUUUCCAAUUGGACAGAUCUGGUCGCCUGGUGACCCCUGUGAGUUAUGCAUCUGCCAGGCAGAUGGCUCGGUGAGCUGUAAGAGGACAGACUGCGUGGACUCCUGUCCCCACCCCAUCCGGAUCCCGGGACAGUGCUGCCCCGACUGUUCAGCAGGCUGCACCUACACAGGCAGAAUCUUCUACAACAACGAAACCUUCCUGUCCCUGCUGGAUCCGUGUCUCAGCUGCAUCUGCCUGCUGGGCUCGGUGGCCUGUUCACCUGUGGACUGCCCCAUCACCUGCACCUACCCUUUCCAUCCUGACGGCGAGUGCUGCCCCUUGUGCCGUGACUGCAACUAUGAGGGGAGGAAGGUGAUGAACGGCCAGGUGUUCACCUUGGACAAUGAGCCCUGUACGCAGUGCACAUGUCAGCUGGGAGAGGUGAGCUGUGAGGAGGUUCCCUGCCACUCGGCCUGCGUGGACCCUGCCCUGCCCCCGGAGAACUGCUGCUCCUCCUGCCCAGAUGCCCCCGUUUCCUUCGGAAGAAAGGCAGGUGCUCUCCGCUCAGGGAGACCUGGUGCUUGGCAAAGCUGUUCAGAGCCUUCACGGAGACACCGAGGUCCUUGUCAACUGUACUUCCUGCCCGGGCCCCCCACCAGCAUCAUCUACAAGGCCAGCACCCCAUUUCCUCCAGCUGCUCUUGAGAACAAACCUGUCCAGUGUGCAGACAUUAUCCACGGGGCCUGCAGGAGCCCAGGUCUCACCUGCUUC